AAGCCUGUCUCAGAGGUGUUUGGCCAAGUUACUUUAAAUUACCAACAUACACUGACGACUGAACAUCUCUCUUGUCUACCAGCAUCAACUGAAGAUCGUUCAUCAACUCAAAGCUCCUUCAAUAAAGGCACUCAGCUCGGAGGGCCCUCACGUAGCCGACCCCUCGCGAGUAGUGCUCGACCUACAGUGAAGCUUAGUGUACCUGAGGAGAUGAGAGCCAGUGUGGCGUCAUACAGAAACCGGUUUAACAAGUAUUUGAGGGACACUGCUACUCAUGAACAGGGCAAGUUUGACCCCUGCGGACUGGUGGAUAGGUAAGUCACUUUACUUUAAUAAAAGCUACGACACAGUUGAACCUCCAUUAAGCGACCACGCGCGGGGAAGGAACAACUGGCCGUUUAAUAAACAGUUACCGAAACAAAGUCAGAUUAGCCUGAGUAGCAGGUGCCGAAAGGGUAGGGGAUAGGGAGGAAGGGAAAAAGAGAAGGGGAUUGGGGAGAGAGGGUCAAUGUCAUAGUGUAACUGCAAAGACGAAAAUGUCAUACCGGUAGUUGCAACUUACUCUCAAGCUUCGUUUGUUUUAACUGAGUACUAGAAAGAAUAUGAGCUGGUGACCCGUAUGGGGUUUUAUUUAAUGGGUUUUAAAGAAGUGUUAAUGUGACUCAAUUUUCAAAUACAGUCAAAACAUGUAAGCUAGAUUUUACUCUUUACGAGCGUUUUAUGGGGAUGUAAAACAAUACAAAAGCUCUGGCACCUGUUUAGACUCCUAUAAAACGAGCUGGUAAAAAUAAGUAAGUAAUUAAUUAAUACUGAUAAUCAUAAUAAUAAUACAGAGCUGUUGCCCGAUCCAAAAUUGUCUAGUGCUGUUUUGUACUCGAACACCUACCUUGUCCGCUCUCUAAUCUCUUUGUGUUUUGGUGUAUUUACUUUCUUUUGAAAAUUAUAUUUUCAAACUUAAAAUAGAGCACAAAAUUAUUGAUAUUAAUUUUUAGAGGGACACCCCCUCUUAAAGCACCUGGUCUUAUGUAAAAUAGGGUGGUAACGGAACAGAAAUAGGGCGCACUCCUCAAAGCCAAUUACAAGUCUCUUGGAGAAACGUUUUUCCAACUGAACGAGAGAGGAAGCAUGUGAUUACAAGUGAAUUUCGCUUUGUUUUAGGAUCAGUGAGGAUUUGUUAGAAGAAGCCCUACAUGAAGUUGGUAAUGAACUUGAACACGUGUGCGAUGAUUACGCAGAAGCUUUGUACAACGAAGAAUUUGUUUCUGUCAGCACAGAUACGUGA